UGUCGGCACUACGAAAGCAUUUCGUGAUUUCCGUCCCAAAAGAUAAGGGAUCCGGCAUCGUCCCGAUUUCGUUUCCCGUCUGCGAACUACCACCCAACAAACUCCGCUCUUGUUCUUCUUAAUCUUGAUCACCUCCCCUCUCCUGUCCUGCUACACACAACAGACUUCGAAUCGACUCCCGCCGCCUGUUCUUCAUGUUCCAUGCUAUUGGCUUCGUCCGUAUAGCUAUGAACUCUGCGCCUCCGAUAGUGCAUUGAACCAAUCAUACCUGCCACAUAUUGACUCCAUCACGAGGCGAAGACUCCAAAUCGUUGCCGCCAUCGCUUCCGAAUGCCGAUUAUCGCCGUUGCCAGCCACCGAACGAUUGAUUGUGCUCCGCCCUCCUCCCUGGACAUCAAAGCAUGAUACUUGGAGAGGCCGGAUCUCUUCUUUGACUCCGGGCCUACGGCAAACAUGACGAAUCAACGGGAGAGACAGCUGCAUCGCGCGCGCCUGGUUGCCAGCGUCGCAGCUACCGUCAUCUCUCUGGCCUGCGGUACCAACUACGUCUAUUCAGCAUGGGCACCUCAAUUCGCUGAGCGAUUGAAGCUUUCCUCGACCGAAACGAACGUCAUUGGUCUCUCCGCCAAUUUGGGGAUGUAUUCAUUAGGCGUCCCCGUCGGCAUGCUCGUUGACCACAAAGGACCUCGCUCUGCAGUCAUUUUCGGCUCUGUCUUGCUCGCCGUUGGAUACUUCCCUUUCCACAUCGCUUACGACCGUGCCGCUGCUCCCGUGCCGCUUCUAUGCUUUUUUUCCUAUUUGACCGGCCUCGGCGGCUGUCUGGCCUUCGCGGCGGCCGUCAAGACGUCUGCCUUGAACUGGCCACACCAUCGGGGCACCGCAACGGCAUUUCCCCUGGCUGCUUUUGGUCUGAGUGCCUUCUUUUUCUCGACCUUUGGAACCAUAUUUUUCCCAGGCAACACGAGUGCCUUUUUGGCUCUGCUCUCCUUUGGAACUUGCGGCCUGACCUUCCUCGGUUUCUUUUUCCUGCGCGUCUGGCCACAUUCCAGCUACCACAGCGUUCCCGCCAGCGAUGGUUUAUCUGGCUCACAACAUCUUCGCCGUACGUCCUCGGAAGAGGUCAAGCCUAAUCUCUCUGGCCAUGGACGUCGUACUGCCUUGACUGAACCUGGUACGUCGCUUAAAGUUGCCAACAACACUACUACCACUACCACAAUCAACUCCACCAUCGACCACGAGCUGGUUCAUUCAGAAAGCGAACCGUCCGCACCGUCUCGCGAGGCUGAUGAGGCGCAAAUCGAAAACAUCGAUGCCGAUGAUUAUGAGCCCGACGAGACGUCCUCGCUGGUGUCGAGCUCCUCCUCUAUGCCUGGUGAUGUUUUUGUACAGAGUAGUGUUGAUCUGGAUCGUUCUCAUCGAGUAGAUAUUCGUGGUUGGGCACUUCUGUGUGAGGUCGAUUUUUGGCAGUUGUUUAUCAUCAUGGGAAUCCUCACCGGUAUUGGUCUGAUGACUAUCAACAACAUUGGAAACGACGUCAAAGCACUUUGGCGUCACUGGGACGAGUCAGUAGAUGAGGCAUACCUCAUCACCAAGCAACAGAUGCAUGUAUCCAUACUAUCCGUUUGUAGUUUUGCCGGCAGACUCCUCAGCGGUGUUGGUUCCGACUUCAUCGUCAAGGUACUCCACGGCAGUCGAGUCUGGUGCCUAGUAGCGUCCAGUGUUGUCUUCUUCGUCGCUCAAAUUCUGGCUCUCCACGUCAUCAACCCUCAUUUACUUGGAUUGGUUUCCGGGCUUUCUGGCAUCGCCUACGGCUUCCUUUUCGGAGUGUUCCCCUCCAUCGUUGCCGAAACUUUUGGAAUUCACGGGCUCAGCCAAAACUGGGGUCUGAUGACGCUCUCGCCUGUCGUCUCCGGCAAUGUGUUCAACAUUUUCUACGGAAAGAUCUACGACAAGCAUAGCAUUCUCGGACCCGAUGGCGAACGUGUUUGCCACGACGGGCUCGAAUGCUACCGUGCAGCAUACCUCAUGACGCUUGGAGCAUGCUCCGUUGGUCUACUGCUCACGCUCUGGGUUAUCCGUCACCAGCGAGUCAAAUGGGCCAAGGAAGAAAAGAGCAAGGCCGAACAGCAUGACUGAAGUGUACUUAUCUGGUGCAGGUAUCGCUAACGUGGACAUCACAAAGAUGGAGGAUAUGAUGCUUCCCGACUUUCCGCGAGGUUCCAACACCUACCUGUCUUGCUCUAUAAAACAAAACCCCCUUUCAUCGAGGACGGGAGUUGGAGCGGGAUGCUAUUGUAGGGCACUUGACAAUGCAACAGCCGUGGGCAAGGGAUAGAUGGAGGAAAGGCGUUUUUAGGCUGUUUUGCUGGCACGCGUUGGUGUACCGUUCACUACCUAGAAAGGCCGACAGGAGUUAUUGUGAAUCUUUGCUACGGGACUCUCUGCAAGCUUCUGCUGUAUUAUGACUCCCAAGGUGCUGCCGAUAUGAGCGAGGCGUCAGACGAAUCCAAUCAAAUAGAACGGAGCCAAAACGUAAAGCACAUACAUAACAAACCAAGGAAGGUCACAAGCAGAUAUUGGGGGUUCAACUAGGGCAGCAGAACCGAACUUAGAUUUAGCAAAUCACAUUCGUUCUGAGCAGCAACCGCCGCCAUCGACAGCUUCCGCGCGCUUCUUUGGGCCGACCAUCGCUUCCUCCUCGUCGUCCUCUUCUUCUUCUCCCCCCCCCCCCCCCCCCCCCACUUCGUUCC